AGAUUCCAGGGCCCACGGUGGCCUGCAGGGGCUCCUGGGAAGCCCCAUCUGAGGUGCUGGGGGUUCUCUGGUUACAUGGGCCUGGGGAGGGGCCCACCUGGCCUCACCCAUCCAAGGGGCGGGGUCCUCCCUCACUCCAUUGCCUGUUUACUGGUCUGGGGGUCUGGUUUUCUCGCGCCACCUCUGGAACCUGGGGGUGGAGGGGAGAAGGCUCACCUGGGGCCACUUCCCAGGACACACCCCCAGCGCUAGGCUCCUCGCCCCGCUGAAAGGCGUUGCUGAUGGGUGAGUGCGCCCCCCUCAGUUUUGACCCCAGGUGGGGCUGACGCAGGCUUGCACGGAGGCUUGCGGGGAGGGGAUGUCUCCGCUCACCACGCCCAGGGCGGGCAGCCUCCCUCCCUGGGAGGGGUGAAUGUAGUUUGGCCUACACUGGUUCGGUCUCCCGCAGGUCCCCACCCUACCUGGGACAAUACUCUCUGGAAAGCGGCUCUCCACCCACUGCCACACCCCACACUGGCUGGCAAGGCCCCUUGAACCCCACUCCAAAAAUGCAGGGGAACCGCCCCAGAAUCCCUGUCCACCCACUGCCUCACCCAAGGGACUGGCAGGAGGGGCCAGCUUCCCGGAGGGGGCGGGUCAGGUGGACAGGUCAGUCCUGAGAGCAGGGCUGGAGGCCGCAGAGACGCCACCUGCAGGGGCCUGAGAAGGUUCGGUGUGGGGCUCUGAGACAGUCCAGCCUCAUAAGGCCCUGCACUGGCCCAGGGUGAGGCAGACAAUGGCCUUGCAGGCUGCUCUGCCUCCCCUGGGGUCCCGUGGGACCCCCACCCACUGCAGCCUCCUGCUCCUGCUUCUCAGCCUCGUGCCCCCUCCCCCAUCCUUGGCAGGUGCCCUGAGGUCAGGCAGCUGUUCCAAGUUCUGGACAGGUGGCCCGAGUCCUGGCGGGUGCUCCGAAUCUCGGCGGGUGCCCUGAGUCCUGAACAGGUGCCCUGAGUUCCAGAUGGGUGCCCCAAGUUGUAGGAUGGGUGCUACCUUCUAGGGUCCGGGCUGCAGACUCACGACCGGGUGUCAUGACCCCCUGGCUGCAAGGCACCUCCCGGGACCUGUCUUGGCAGCGGCCUGAGCUGACCGUCCUCCUCCCGAGGGACCGGCGGGACACAGAGAAGAAAGCCUGCCCACCAGAGCGGAAGGCCCGUGUGGUGGAUGAAAACCUUGUAUUCUACGAGCCCUGGGAGCUGGAGGCCUGUGUAGAUGGGGCCCUGCUGGCCGCUCAGAUGGACCGGGUGAACAUGGUGCCCUUCACCUACCAGCAGCUGGGCGUUUUUAAGCGCAAAUUGGACGAGCUCUAUCCACAGGGGUACCCCGAGUCCCUGGUCCGGCACCUCGGGUACUUCUUCCUUGAGCUCACCCCCGAGGACAUCCACAAGUGGAACACGAUAUCCCUGGAAACCGUGAAAUCUCUUCUUGAAGUCAGCAAAGGGCACAAAAUGGAUGCUCAGGUGGCUGCCCUGAUUGCCCGCUAUCUGGUGGGAGGGGGCCAGCUGGACAAAGCCACUCUGGACACACUGGCCGCUUUCCAUCCGACGUACCUGUGCUUCCUCAGUCCUGAGCAGCUGGAGUCAGUGCACCACAGCGUUGUUUGGGCAGCCCGGUCCCCGGAUCUGGAUGCAUGCCGCCCGGCCCAGAUGGAUGUACUCUAUCGCAAGGCCCGCCUUGCCUUCCAGAACAUGAGCGGGUCUGAAUACUUCGAGAAGAUGAAGCUCUAUCUGGGUGGGGCCGCCACGGAGGACCUGCGGGCUCUCAGCCGUCAGAACAUAAGCAUGGACUUGGCCACAUUCCGGACGCUGCGGCCCGAGGCAGUGGUGCCGCUGACCGUUGCCGAGGUCCGAAACCUUCUGGGUCCGAACCUGGUGGGCCUGAAGGCGGCGCGGGAGAGCAGCCCCGUGCGGGAUUGGAUCUCACGGCAGCGGCAGGAGGACCUGGACAGUCUGGGCCUGGGGCUUCGAGGCGGCAUCCCCAAUGGCUACCUGGUCUUGGACCUCAGCUUCCGAGAGGCCCUCUCAGGGGGCGCCCGCCUGCUCCGACCCGGACCUGUGCUCACUGCGGCCCCGACUCUGCUGUGGGCUUUGGUCCCGAACUGAGCCCGCUGCUCCGGAUGCUGGACCUGCCCUGCUGGAGGCCCCGCCUGGCCAAAGCGGCCCCGGUGCUCCCUGGCCCGCCUCAAGGGGACUGGGGUUCAAUAAAAGGACACUUUCCUUCCCUGCAGAGGCACCCUGUGGUGUUCUGAGGACGCGGUGGGAAGGCCCUGACCUGGCAGAUGUGGUUCCCGAGUUGUAGCCCCUCCUAUUUGCACUUGGAGGAGGGGGUCCAGGGGAGGUAGUCCAGGCAGGCAGGUGGCCUUCAGGGCCUUCCUACCACUGUUUCCAGUCCUGGGGUCUCCCCUCCGAGUCCGGGCCAACACUCAGGGGACACGGCCGGAAGACGACGGCACAGAAGUCCGUUCCCGGCUGAGAAGGUCUCUGCCCCUCCUCGGGCUCAGAACAAAGGGACACAGGCGGAAGGUCACCUUGUCUUUUAUUCAAAUCCCUCAGGGAUGCCCCCUCCCAGCAGCAUCUGAGGGAG